AUGGCUCUCAGCAACUUCGUCGCCGUCUCUGACAGACUGGUGCACUUCGAGAGUCGGGUCAGAGGGCCUGCAGCCGAAUAUGACAAUGUACACACGUACGAAAUCCGUCGUGACCGGCUGCAAGUCCUCUGGGACAAUGUUGAAGCCGCUAUUCCACAUGCGCUGAUGCACUGCAUCAAGACGGCGACAGUGAAGGCACACAGGCGAUGGAGGCAAAAUACGAUCACUGCUAUGCAGUGUACGAGCGGUGUCUCGCCCGUGUUAAGGGGCAAAUUACCCAGGUUUCCGGGUCCAGCAGGAGUGAAGCAUCCGUUCCUCCUGUAUACUCCAGUGGCUGCCGGCUCCCUCCAGUUGACUCCGGUCGAGAAACUUUUCCAUCUGAAUUCGAAGACCGCAGAUGAGGCCAAUGAAAUAGUAGCCAAAUUUCCGCUGACGAACGAUGGUUUCGCGUCGGCUUGGGGUGCUCUCUGCGAACGUUUUGAGAACAAGCGCUUGUUAAUAACAAGCCAGUUGAAGAUCCUAUUUAACCUGUCCACGGUUACCCAAGAGUCGGGAGCAGCUAUCAAGGAGCUGCAGAGCACGAUUCAGCGUUGCUUGACCGCUCUUGAGCAUUCAGACAUUUCCGUCUGUAGCCCGUUCGCAGAUUGCAUCCUCGUUUUCCUCUGCUCGUCCAAACUUCCCAAGCUCACACUCUCGUUGUGGGAGCAAUCGUUGGUGGACAAAGCGAAAAUUCCCGCAUGGCAGGAUAUGAGCACGUUCCUCAAUGAGCGCUACCGUACGCUCGAAGCGAUUGAGGACGUAAAACAGACCGCCAAUUCACAGAUCGCGACUGCAGGAACAUCCCGUCCGCAGAAUUCAAAGCGAGUCAACUCCUUUGAGGCCCGAGUCACUCCGAAAGGCAAAUCGUGUGACUUGUGCUCAAAGGAGAAUCACCCUGUCCGGGUGUGUCCGCGUUUUUUGCAAAUGUCGGUCAACGAGAGGACGACAUACAUCAAACAGAAAAGUCUCUGUUUGAACUGUUUCGCAAGAGGUCACCAACUCCGAGAGUGUACGAGUGCGCACAAUUGCUUUACAUGCAAAGGGCGGCACAACACUCUUCUCCAUCGGGGUGACAGUGCCCACAAUGGUGCCUCUUCAUCGUCCAAUAUACAGUCCACUCCAAAUCCAACGGCAACUAAUGUGCAGAAUUUCUUUGCCAAUAAUGCUCAGAAUGUCCUUCUCGGCACGGCGGUCAUCAAUGUUUGCCACUUGGGCACUACAUAUACCGCACGUGCGCUACUUGAUUCCGGGUCCGAAGCGACCUUCAUUUCUGAGCGUUUGUUCCAACGCAUUAAGUUGCCUUUCCAGUCCGUGCGAGCCCAGGUAUCCGGGCUGAAUCACGCAGUUGCGGCCCAAUCGCAGAAGUUAUGUCACUUCAGCAUUGGUUCUCCGACGAAGCCGAGGCUCCAUAUCGAGACUUCGGCAUUCGUAAUCCCACAGUUGGCAGGCAAACUGCCCUCCUUCGAUAUGCCGCGAACUUUCCUAAAGGAUCUACCAGCGAUAGAACUGGCAGAUCCACACUUCUACAAGAGCGCUCAGAUCGAUAUUCUAAUUGGCGCGGAUAUCCUUCCGUCGGUCAUCUUGAGCGGCUCCCGGCCAAACAUUUGUGGCUCACUCCUUGGGCAGGAAACCGUGUUUGGCUGGAUUCUUACCGGCCCCGUCUCCCAAAGUAUGUCGACAACUGUUUCUGCGUUUUCGACAAGAGUCGCCCUCCAAGCAGACGAACAGCUCGACAGCCUACUUUCCAAAUUUUGGGAGGUGGAGGAUAUUCCAGCGAAGCUGAUAAAGGAGUCAGACUUCGUUUGCGAAGAAAACUUCGUUAAGACUACUUCUCGUAGCAAAUGUGGCAGAUAUCGGGUGACUCUUCCAUUCCGGAAGCCCGAUGGCAUUGAACUGGGUCAUUCCAGAUCUAUAGCGCUGGCUCAAUUCCUCAAGAACGAGAAUUGUUUGUCAAGAAACGAUUCUCUAAAGGAACAGUACAAUGCCGUUCUCCAGGAGUACGUGGACUUGGGUUAUAUGACACCCAUAUCGCCUCAGGCGAUUGGCACGACUUCUAAUUUCUACUUGCCUCACCACGCCGUGUUCAAACCAGAUAGCACCACAACGAAGAUCCUCCGAUGGCGAUACUAUCGAUAUGUGUUCAAUGCGGACAUAACGAAGAUGUAUCGCCAAAUCCUCAUGGACUCAAAGCACACACCGUUCCAACGAAUUCUGUUCCGCACGUCGGACGGUGUGAUCCGUGACUUUGAGUUGAACACGGUGACAUUCGGUGUCAACUGUGCGCCUUUCCUGGCUCUACGAGUCCUUCAGCAACUUGCUGAUGACAUACGCUUGGAGUAUCCUCUCGCAAGCCGUGUCAUUUCCAACAACAUGUACGUGGACGACGUCCUAGCGGGGACACACACAAGAGAGGAGGCCAUCCGGACCAUUACGGAAGUGUGUGCAGCCCUGGACAGUGCUGGCUUCCCGCUGAGGAAGUGGACGUCGAACCAUAAGAGCGUGCUGAAGGACAUUCCAAAGGACCAUCUACUACGAGGAGACUUCCUCGAACUCGAAGACUCUAGUACGGCGAAAACUCUGGGCAUCAGGUGGCAAGCUCACGAUGACGAGUUCUUCUUCAUGCCACCAGAAUUUGCCCAUCAGGACUCCUACACGAAGAGGGAAACAAAGGUGGCUCCGGUCAAGUCUCUCUCAGUGCCACGUCUGGAGCUUUGUGGCGCAGUCCUGUUGGCUGAGUUAUCUGCAGCCCUCCUCCUGAAUCUGCCAGCAGAAAGUUUCCAGACUUUCUUUUGGACCGACUCAACAAUUGUUCUCGCCUGGUUGAACAAGCCACCCUGCCGAUGGACAACAUUUGUGGCCAAUCGAGUGGCCAAGAUUGUCCAAGCCAGCGACGCCAAGAACUGGUCGCAUGUGCGAUCCGAGCACAAUCCGGCAGAUCUUGCAAGCCGUGGUGUCCUGCCACAAGAAUUGGUUCGUAAUCCUUUGUGGUGGCAUGGACCAGAGUGGCUUCAUCUCCCGUCGGAUCAAUGGCCAACUUCUCCAAGUCCCAUUCCGGAGACUCUGCUGGAGCAGCGGAUUAAGUGCAACGUCGCUAAGAUACCUCCGACUCCCGACUUCCUGAGCAAGUUCUCUGAGUUUGGCAGGGCACUGCGCACGUCUGCCUAUGUUCUCCGAUUCAUCGAUAGGAGUCGGAAGUUGGCAGUUCCAAGCUCUACCGUGGUUCAGGCGGAUGAGCUGUCACGGAUCCAAGAGCGGCUAAUCGUCAUGGCUCAACGUCACACUUUUCCACAAGAAUACCAAUGUCUGCAGUCCAGGCAGCAGGUUCCUUCCUCAAGUUCAAUCCGAAACUUGAACCCUUUCCUCGAUGGCAAGGGGAUUCUACGGGCCUGUGGGCGUCUGAGGGCGUCCCACUCGCUGCGUUACGAUGAGAGUCAUCCAAUCAUCCUAUCGUAUUCCUCGUCCUUUGCACGACUACUGGUUCGUUUCACCCAUCGUAUAUCCUUACAUGGGGGUAACCAAGUCGUUAUGCGGCUGAUCCGUUCCAGGUUCUGGAUUCCCAAAUUGAAGGUCCUCGUUAAAUCCACCAUCAACUCCUGCAAGGUCUGCGUCAUCUACAAGAAGAGAUUGCAGACCCAAAUGAUGGGGGACUUGCCCAAGGAAAGGGCGUCCUACUCGAGACCUUUCACGCACACUGGAGUCGACUUCGCUGGCCCAUUCGAGAUAAAGAACUACACUGGCCGAGCCUGCCUCAUCACCAAAGGGUACGUCUGCGUCUUCGUGUGCUUCAGCACGAAGGCGAUCCACUUGGAGGCAACAUCGGAUCUCACGACGGAGAAAUUCCUGGCCGCAUUCUCCCGUUUCAUCGCACGGCGCGGGUGUCCACACCAAAUGUACUCGGACAACGGAAAACCUUCGUUGGAGCUGACAAGGUGA